AUGCUCCUCGCGUUCGGAGCACACGGCAAGGGCAUCAACGCGCCCGCCAACGCCAUCACCCCACAAGACAAGUGCUGCUCUGCUCUGCUGGUGGAGGGCGAGGCCGGCUCUCUCGACGAUUUUGGGAAAUACCGCCUCCCCCCUCCUUGCGGUGGAGAACUUGCCGUGGCCUGCCCCAGGCUGGGGUUCAACUCGGCAGCAAUGAACGACGGGUCCAUGACCCCUAGCUGGCUCGCGUUUCGGCAACAGGCCGACCUCCGCCUGGCCCCUUCCUGCCCGCGGGUGGAAUGGGAGAAGAGGUGCCCGCCCGGGGCCACCAUGCUCCUGGCGGAGAAGAGGAGGGGCGGGUGCCGCGCGGCCGGCUGCGUUGCGGUGGGCGGCGAGCCGAACGACAACAAAGAAGAACAAGACGAAUCAGAGAUCCUGCGGGCGGUCACGGCCCAACAGACCGCCCUCCUUCAGGCCGCGAAGCCCGCCACGCCGAAGACGUUCUACCAGCACGUCGUGGGCCAGCAGCGGGCGUACGGAAAGGACGAGAAGCGCUUCAUGAAGAAGCUGGCAAAGGCGACCAAGAGCUCCCCCUCUGGUAGCGUCGACACUAUCCGUGGGCUGGUGGAGGAGGCCGCCACGAAGGGCUUCCGCUCCGUCGCCAUUGAGGAGGCGGCGAUGGUAGUAGCAAAGCAGGAGCAGCAAGAGAGGGUCCUCGCAUUCUUUAGGAGUCUUCCCGGCGCCGUUGUCGACUACGUCUCGACCACUUCGCUGGAUGCUGCGAGGCGCUCGAACGCCUUGAAGGCGGAAAUUGUCAAGCUGAGGAACACCGUCAAGGACCUCACGAGGACUGUGCACGAGAAGGAGCUCAUCUCCACGGCUCAAGCGAGCGCGCUCACGGCGGAGCAGGCCAAGUCCAAGGCGGACCGCAACGAGGCGGCCGCCGAGGCAAAGUACUUCCGUGACGAGGUGGAGGCGCUCCGAGCCACCGUCGAUUACGUGCUGGAAACGGCCGCCUCCGACCACGAGACGUCCGCGAGGACGGAGGGCGACCUCAUCGCAAAGCUCGACACCGCCGAGGGCAUCGUCGCCGCCCUCACCGACACCGUCGCCGAGCAGCAACUGGCGGCCCAGAAGGAGUCUGAGCGAUCGGACCUCUCCCUCCGCCUGGUCGAGCAAGAAGCGGCCAUGGCUCGAGCAUCCACGCUCGCUAUAGAAGAGGAGCUGUCUGAAGCUGAGCAGCGCGAGAUUGAGCUCCAGUGCCUUCUGGACGUGGGCACGGACACGAGGAAGGAGCUGGAGGAUGAACUGGCCUUGUGCCGGACGAACGUGAACGAGGCUCGCGCAAUCGCUGAGUCCUACGGUGCCGACAUCGAGGACCUGGACUCCCGUGCUCUCGCGGUCGCCCUCGCUCUGGCCGACGACGUCGCCGAGAAGGCGUCCACCGUGGAAAGCCUGGCGCACGUCGCGGAGGGAGCGGUGCUCGGCGCCACGCCCCCGUUCGACAACGACGACCGCUGGGGCUCGCACGCAGGCUAUCCAAUGAUCCGAUCCCACUUGGAGGCCGUGCAGCGACUGGUGUUGACGACUACGUCUACCCUUGUGGAGGAGGUAUCAUGCUGCGAGCACGACAAGGCGGAGGCGGUGAAUCGCGAGGCCAGAACGCAACAGAGGAUGAAGGAGGUCGAGGACGAGCUCACAACCUGCCACAUGAGCGACGCCAGCACUACGCACGCCAGCACCCCCGACGACGCCACCACCGAUCCCAGCAUCAGCGACAGCACCAGCACCAGCGACGCCGCAAGCGACCGUACCGUGACGGGCGUGGACACCGUUGAGAACGACACGGACACGGCCGGCGCGGGCGAAGCGGUGGACAGAAAGGAGGUCAACGAUGACGGCGGCGAGGGGGGUUUCGGCAUUGAAGAGGAUGACGCCUACAGCAGUGGCACCAGCCCGCCUACCCUAGACGGGGUUUGACUUGGUCCUGUUGAUUCGUUGUCCUUGUUUUCGUGUGUUUGUGGUCGUGGCAGCUUGCCCUGGUUUUGGUUCAGAGCUCGUGAAAGUGUGGAGUCUUUCCGUUACAUGCGCGUGCCGGAUCUGUUUGAUCUCUUGACAGUUUGGCUGGCAUGUAGAAUCAAUCCUGCAUGUUGUUGGGUGCAAGGUUUAGACCUUCUCUUGUGUAUCCCGUUUUGGAGACGCAGCCGCCGACUUUGUGUGCCUUUGGUGCUGCUGCGCUUGCGCUGAUUUGUUUUUCAUUGCUUCCCUCGUGGAACAGCAUUUGUUUCUUCGGUUUUCAAGAGCGAGCUUCUUUUUUUUUCUUCCGUUCCGUUCAAGCUCGGGGAGUUUAUCUCGCGUGUGAAAAAUUCUUACUCGAACCUGCUGGGUGUGCAGUGGUGCCGAACUAUUUUCGAGAUUGCGGCUAAGUCCCGGUGUUGGUCCGUUUACUUGCUUGACAUGAUCUUGGCGAUAAAAACUCGGUUAAUUGAACUGGCAUUCCGCAGCUCUGUCAAAUUUUGCUGCCGAUUGCGGGAGGAUCCGCACUGCACUACGUGUGCUGUGCGUGAUCGCCUGCUGAUCGCGGCGAAAAUUAUUUUGACAUUUGAGCGCGUGCGUGGUGUCUUUUUUCCGUGGUUGGUGAUCGACUUGGUUACGUAGCGGGGCGCGAGCUCUUGGGAACAGUUUUGAUUUCGAAACGAGAGGAAUGCGCGGGGCUUAUUUCCGGAGGUGCGCGGCCCCGCGUGGUUGGUGAUUUUUUCAUGAAUGCCGGGUUCGUUCAUGUUUCGUUGUCUGGGAGGGGUAGCCGACUCUUUUUUAUUUUACGCGACGAGCCGAAGGUUUGUUUCUGCGAAGGCAAGACAAAGCUAGAUGACGGGAUUCGUUGCCUUGAGUGAUGCACUCAUGAUAAACGCAUGCCGUCAUUUAGUUUUUUUGUCGUGCCUUGAGAGAGACCUUCAGCCCAUCCUGGUCAGCGCCGCAUACAUCUAUCCGUGGUAUUCAAUUUUCUUUUGUCUGCAUCGAACCAAAGCGCGACGGAUCGGACAAACAAUAGUCUAAGUAGAUGAUGCAAGUACUGGUGUUCGUGGUUGCAUCUGAUGUGAUGUGCGUUCUGGUGUGACGUCAGUGUUGCGCAACGUUAACGUUGGAAGCACCACAAGCCGGGUUCGUAGUGACGGUGUUUCCUUGUUCUCCACUUGCAUUUUGUUUUUUCUUCCUUCAUCGGGUUUUUCACGAGAAGAGUUUGUUCUGCUGCUGUCUCUUUUUCUGCCCUCGGUCCAUCCACCGUACAACAGUCGAUCUUUUGUCUGUUUACGGAGGCCUCUGCAAUGGGGUCCAUGAUGACCGCUGGGCAUCGCACGAGGCGUCGAAAAGAGCAUCGUACUGUAGGCUCUCCCGUGUGCUCGCAUUUCGACGGGACGGUUGCAUACACGGCACUGGUGUGUGGUGGUGGUUGUUGGUUCUGCUGGUGGGAUGAUUGUUUUUUAUUUUUUUUGGCGAAACAAGACUGGGACAGAG